ACCGGAAGCCGCGCCCCCUACGUUAGGGUUAAGUGUGAAAUGUGUGGUGGUUGUUUGAGCAGACUUGCUUUAAAAAUUAUGGUGUUUUAUGACAAAGACUUUUAAAACAUGAACUGCGUCACCGUUGAGGAUUUGUCUCAUGGGACGGAGAAUGUCCCUGUUUUGUUCGAGGGGACGGUGAGAAAAGAGUCGCCGGUUUUCCAGUACACACCAGAGAAUGUUCCUGGGCCAGGCUGUGACAGUUAUCCAAAUGAGGUGACCUUACCUGGAUGUGACUGUAGAUCCCACUCCUGCCAGCAGGGGAGCUGCUCCUGCCUUCAGCACCAUGGGCAGGUUUACAACAGCACAGGCUGUUUGUUGGACCGCACUGAUGAGCUUACAGGAUACAGCAGGCCCGUGUUUGAGUGUAACACCUUGUGCAGGUGUGGAGAAUCCUGCUCCAACCGGCUGGUCCAGCAAGGCUUAAAACUAAGUCUGUCUGUGUUUGCCACCCAGGGCAAGGGUUGGGGUGUCCGCACACUGGAGCCUGUGUCUCAGGGCAACUUUGUGUGUGAGUACGCAGGGGAGGUGAUCGGGUUUGAGGAAGCCUGCCGGAGGCAGCGGAUUCAAAGCCCAGAUGACAUGAACUAUAUCAUCACAGUGAGGGAGCAUGCUGGACCAGACGUCCUGAGCGAAACCUUUGUGGACCCUGCUGCUAAGGGAAACGUGGGCCGCUUCCUCAACCAUUCCUGCCUUCCCAACUUGGUGAUGGUGCCAGUGCGUGUGCACUCCAUGGUGCCCAGGCUGGCUCUGUUUGCUGCCUGUGAUAUAGCUCCUCUGGAGGAGCUCACCUUUGACUAUUCAGGUGGCUACAAGAACACAGGGGAUGUAAGAAUAAGCCUGGGCCCAGGUGAACCAAUAUCUGCCACAGGAGGUGCAGAUGUACAGAAAAGAAAACCCUGUUUGUGCGGCGCCCAGAACUGCAGGCUGUUUCUGCCUUUGGAUUUGUCUGUAAUCAGCAGCAGUUAAAGCCCCCUGAUGUCACUGUAACCUUGUGAUUUACUUUUGAAACCAGGUUUUAUUUUUUCUGUGUGGAAGUCCUAAUACCACCUGGAUGGCUUUUCACUGUGGAUUCAAUGCGGGACAUUUAGGUGGAGAAGAAUGGUAUUCUCUAUCUGGCCGGCGCAGUUUCAAAGGAGAGUUAAAGGCAGAAAACCCAAGGAGGCAGAAGCCUGUGGAGAGUCACAUUAAGAGUUUGCCACCAGAAUGAGUAACUACAGACUCAAAGGUAGUCGAACGACUUUGAGUUGACAUUGGCAAGUGUGUUUAAAAGAGAUGCAAUGGCUGAUGGGAAUGUGGGGCAGUCACAGGCACUUCUGUAAGUGGCUGGACCAUCACAGUGGCACAAUCUCUCUUGUGCCAAUGUUUCUGACAUCCCAGCAAACUCCAGCGCCCUGCUGCACCCUUGUGGUACAUCAGCUUUGGAUGUCAUGGCCUACUCCAAGACAAGCCCGAUAAUGUAGGGCAGUCAGCUCCCCCACUCCCCAAAAAAAGUCAUUGAGCUGAAAAAUAUAUCAGACUUUGAUGUCUUUUACUGGCACCCUAUCUAGGUCACCCCUGCCUGACGGUAAAGGGUUGCAACAGUAAAAAAAAACCAUUAGAAUUUAACUUGCUUCCUACCAUUGAUGGGACAGGACCUUGGAGUCUGCAGCUGCAAUCUAUGGGAAGUCUUACGACCCUCACCCUCAUCAAACUAACAAAGGAUCGUGGGAUCUCUCACUACACAAGUUGUAUAUAGCAGGCAUAUUCUUGUCAGAUAUGGUGCAUUCUGUGUAGCUGCUGGAGAGUGAUGAAAAGGUUACGGAUUCUAUACCCAAGAAAGGUCCCUGCAGUUUUUUUUUCCAACAGAGACACCUGAUUGCACUUCUGUAUAGUAUGACUCUAUCACAGCAUCUUGAGGCUGCAUAAAGAAAUAUGAUUAUCUUGUCCUUCUGGUCCUUCUGUGUUUUCAUGUCAUGCCGUGUCCCUUCAGAAGCAUUCUCAGGUUUGUUCGUUUAACCCACAUCUCAGAGCAAUUAAAGAGUGCCUCUGGGUAUUCCUUUAUAGAACCCCCCCACCACUGUGUUGGUUCGAUGUCCCACUUUCAGUUUCUCAUUCUUAACGUUCCCACUCCUCCCAAACUGCCCUCUUUCAGGUCUAGACCCGCCUUCAUCGCUGCUCUUCUGCUAAUUUCCACAUCUGGGUUAAUCACCUCAGAGAUCAAGUUUCCCAGGAAGGGUGCACACUGCGAGCCGAUCCCCAGGCGCCCCCGCCCGCCACUCCUCCCUCGUGGUUGUGAGCGCUCUCCUAAAUCACUGAAAUCACUUUAAAGUGAUUCUGGAAACACUUAGCCAUCCAGAAUCAUUGAAUAUUGUUCCAAAAGAAAGAUGGGUGAGCAGCAUAAGUCUGCUGAUUGCACAUGUACAUGUGAGAAACAUUUCUCAGAUCUUCUUUGCCCAGCAUCAUAAUUGUAUCCUUUUCUAUUAUCUGACUGACCACCUAAAUUUGUAUAGUGAAAUUUCUGGGAGGGGUCUUCUCAUUUGUGUUAUAUAUUUGUUUUUUACAUUGUAUAUAAGACAGCUUUUCAACUUGUUUCCACUAGACAAUGCUGCAAACCAGAAGUAAUUAUUUAUGUUUAAUCAAGGCAAGUGAACCCACUAGGUGGAAUAAUUACAUUAAUAUCUGUGAGAAAGACCCACAGUGAAGUGGCGAGAGACAAAGUGGGAAAGAGGUUGUGUAAUCAGUGCUUCUAAGUGGAUGGAGAUGGGUGCCCUGGAACUCUGUGAUAACAUCUUGUCUAUUUCUCAAGGACAUUUCCUGUAUGCUUGUCUGGAGUGAGACGGCACUUCCUCUGACAUCACUGCGUUCCGUAAAACCACCACGUGUUAGUCCAGGAUCUCAGGCCCCUCCUCCCGUAACACAGUCCCGUUGCAUGGCAACAUGUGAAGUGAUGGCCAUAUUGCUUUAACACCACCAGCCCACCUAGGGGUUUGACUGGUAGAGGUAAUAGUAAAAAAAAAAGCACUGAAUGCAUAUCUUUACUUAAGCAGCAGUAAGAGGUUUAUGAAGUGUGAUCUGUACCAGCUAUAUGUGGCAUGAGUAUUUAACCACAAUGAAAUUUCAUGCUCAGUGUGCAUCCAUCAGAAUCUGCUGGAUCAUGUUCACGUUUAGAAUUCAAGUCCCUUGAAUCCCCAUGACAACAGGAGCUAUAAGAGUGACUGGCUUUCAGUGAUCUCUAUACUCUGUAGAAGAGAGAAUGUGGAGAGAUGAAAUAAACAAACGCAGUGUCAAAGGGAGAAAGGGGCUGUGCUUUCUGUGUUGAAGGGCGCAUCUUACUGUACAAAAGCGGGAGAUUUGGAUUUGUGAGGGGGAAAUUACUGAUAACCACAGAAUGUGUAAAAGUGUUGACAAGAUCAGUCAGGGAAAACCGCUUUAAGGUGGUGGCGAAAUGAUAGUUUGUAAUAUUUCUUAUGGUGAAAGUCUUAAAUUGCCAUCUUUUCAACUUUCUUCGCCCGUCAGUGUUCUUGUGAUGAGGCUAAUUUAUCAGUACUGAGCUUCCUGUGAAAAAGUAAGGCGGCAUUUUAGUGGUUCGUAUGUCCUGUAAGCCGCACCCUCACGUAUGCCGCACCUACAAAAGUUAUCAGUUCAGUAGCACUAGAAUUACAGAGAUUAUUGCGUUCUAUUUUCAUAUUUUCUUGGGCUUUGCAAACACCAGGAGAAUUUCCCUUUCACCGAGAGGGAGAGAGGGGAAAAAAAGCAUAACAUUCGGUUGUCCCAGAUACUAAUGUGAAUUUCGAUAAGUGCUUCUAUUUCUACCCAGCUCAAGGUUAACCACCCUGGGAGUCAAUCUGGUUUGUGCAAAGAUUUUUUUUCUUACAUAGGAAACUGACUUCCAGAAUAAAUGAACGAAACAGACCGCACGCUGUGUUUCCAUCCACGUUCACCUGUGCGGAUCCAGGAGGGUCAGGUGGGUGGUGUACACCUUCAGGCUCUGCCCACAGGCAGUCCCAGCCUCUUGGUGGGGGAGGGACUUAACAGCACUCUUUAUGACGUUCCUUAUGCUUUGAGCUCUGACUUUGUAUGUUGACAAUUAACAAUUUUUUUUUAAAUCAUAAAAUUACAAAAAAAAAGUUUUCUCUUGCUCGUUUCUUUAAUAAAACACCUUCAAUGAAUAAUUUGGUUUGAGGCAAAUGAUAUUUAAUUGAGAUACUGAGAAAGAACAGAUGUGGAUGGGGAAUGAGGCACACCGUGGGUCUGUGAGGGCAGUAACCCGUAAUUAGUGAGAUGUGCCGACCAGAGGGGGCAGACAGUAUGCAGCUACCUUCCAUGUCAUUUAGCAGCUAAUGCAAGGUCUUAACAACAGCCCUUGUUACCUGCCUGCAAAAUACUCAAGCCAUCGAUUACCUUCCACAUCUUCCCCCAUUUCUUCCCCUUUAAUAAAGGCUGGAUAGUUCAUAGUGUGUGGCUAGAGCUGAUUGACCAGCAUGGAAAUGGUGGCAGGCAGCUUGUCAUGUUAAAAAUGGGACAUUAUUCAGGCUACGGGCAUAAUGAGGUAAUCAGCACCAUG